UGGUUCGAAUACUUUAAACGCGAACGUGUACGUGCGCGCACCCGUAUUCUUUGUGUGUCAGCGUAGAGAAGCGCCAAAAGAGUGACCAUGGCUGAUGAAAAACCAAAGGAAUCGGUCAAGACAGAAAGCAACGAACACAUAAACCUGAAGGUAGCAGGUCAGGAUGGAUCUAUAGUGCAAUUCAAGAUCAAAAGACAUACGGCGCUCAUCAAACUCAUGAAGGCCUACUGCGACAGACAGGGACUUGCAAUGCGGCAAAUCCGUUUCAGGUUUGAUGGACAGCCAAUAAAUGAGAACGACACACCGUCACAGUUGGAGAUGGAAGAUGAAGAUACAAUUGACGUGUUUCAGCAACAGACUGGAGGCCUCAUUUUAUGAAGCGCAUGCUUCUUCAUUUUCCUCCUAAACACAAUCAACCUUGCCGGCCUCAACCAAACGGGGGCCGCUCCUUUGCAACUUGUUCUUUUGUCUUAACCGGUUUCCAAGCAGUAGAAGUUGUAAUUUAUCUGCACUGCACACAACUGCUGUACAGUAUUUCCUUUUUUGCCCUUGUUACUGUUCUGUUUAUGUACAUAAACCACACCCAGGUUUUGUUUGUUCAUGCUGUAUUGUGGAAGAAGUUAAGGACUUCUUCUGUGGCAGACCACUAGGACUGGUGAUGGAGGGGGAAUUAAUACAACAGACUUUACUGAACAAAUGUUGUUGGGCUAGGCUUGAUAAGUGUCCAGAAUAUCUGUUCUUAAACUGUAUUUUAGCCCUUAGGCAACGGUAUACUCAGUUUGGGAAUGUGGCUGCAUUGUCAUUUGUUCUCUUCAGAAAACACAUUUGAUUUUAUACAAUUUUAUAUAUUAGUGGACGUGUAAGGAAAUGUUUCAUUCAUUGUUUGACUCAGCCAUGCUUCAUAUUUUGGAAACCCUGACAUGAUGAGACAUCCCAGGAAUUAUUAUUUUUUAAUCCACUGAUUAAUUUUUAAAUGUUGAGCUAUUUUCCUUCCAUAACGUGUCUUAUCUCUGAAACAAAAUGGAAACAAAAGAUCCCCAAAAACACAUGUAUGUUUUUAUUUGACUUUGUUUGUGUGAUUUCUCCUAAAUUCACCAAAAGUUAGCAAUAGAUAGUCUCAUUUGUAUAUUUUAACAUUAAAAGUCCAAAUUCUGUUUGCCCUGUUCACCUGUGAUGUCUUUAAAAUGUAUGGAAUGUUUAAAGGCAGUUUUGUUUAAAUUUAGUUUUUUCUCAUACAGUGAGCCAUAAAUCUAUUUGCAUACACCAAAGUUACCACCUUCAUUCUCUAUUCUGAACGUUUUCAUAAGAGAGGUUUCUUCAUAGUUAAUUCAUAGCCUAAUUUUAUAGAACUUUGUAUUACUUAAAACAUGGUAACGAGUGCUUUCUUAUGGCUAUUGACAGUAUUUUCUGAUUUAUAAAGUGAUACAAAGAGAUAUACAACAUCUCUGUAAAAACCUUUGACUAACGCAUCAACAAAAUGAAAGAAUUUUGAACCUUGCUGUAUCCAAUGUUCAGAUUUCUAUUCUUUGUAUGCAAAUUAGCACCGAUUUAUAAAGAUAAUGCCUCAUUUGCGUAUUUAAAAUAUUUUUUCAGAAAUUUGUAAUACAAAUAAAUGAUUGCCUUAAUAUAAAUAAUCAAAAGGGAAAUGUAUGAUGAUAUAGAUACGUUUAACAGGUAUACUUUAUUCACCUGGGGUGUUUCCCCUUAAAUAAAGUGUCAUCUGUAUUGUCUGUAUGAAGAUGCUUGUUAAAAUAAAGUGAUGGUCUUUUUUAAACGUUCA